AUGAAAUUUUUUAAUGACCUCAAAUGGAAGUUUGAGGAAAAAGAUUUGGAAGAGAAAUAUUAGAUAGAUAAAGCAAAAGGAAUAAAGAAGCCUGUCUUUUAAUGUAUACUUUUGCUUUCUUUCUGUUCUAAUGUCACAGUAUUAGCACUACAUUUUUUUGUUUAACCUACAGAAACUUGGUAUAUUAAUGCCAUCCUAACUGGACUGACAAUAAUCUAACUUAUAUUCAUACUCGUACUCAAACAGCUCCAAUAUAUAUAAAUUGGAUUGACUUUCAGCAGUAUUACUAUAGGAAUUUUAUAACUCAAUGUUGACCCUUUAAAUACAACUUCAUCUGAAUAUUAUGUCUAUGGCUGCAUAUUUACAUAAUUUCAGGCAGUUUUAUUUAUGAUCUCUAAUUUAAACCACGCAUUUUUUUAAGUUAUUUGCAGUCUGGCAAUCAGAACUUCAAUUACAACAUUUUAUUCAAAAAGACCAGACUAUCUAUCUAUAAUUGUCGGUAUUUUUGGCUGCUUUUUAAUUGUUAUUACUAUAUUUGUAAAUGAUAAAAACUCUAGAAGAUAUUUUAUUUAAAAUUUGAAAGAAAACAAUCUAAAAAAAUUAGGAAACUUUUUGAUAAACAAACCAUAUCUUAAAAUAUAAUUUAAUGAAGAUCAAUAAAUUUUUUAAUUACUUAGUCAAAGUCGGAUCAACAAGUUUCCAGGAUAUAAUUCAGAGCUAUGUGAUGGUUGUAACUCAAGACAAAUCUUAAGAAAUUACAAAUCAGAUAUAGGAUGGCUAGAGUAGAUUUUAUUAAGUUAGCCCUAAUUGACUAAGUAAGGUUGUACAUUAAUAGUAAAGUGUGAAAAAAUUAGAUUCAUAAUUAAGGUUUGUGUUAUCGACCCUUAAUAACACUAAUAUUUAAUUUUAUUUUAAGAAUAUCUAUAGACAGUUGUAAAGGUCUUGGAAUAGGAGAAAGAACAAAUUAAAUUAAAAGAUUUCUUAAAUUAAAAUUAAAUAUUUUAUCAUCAAAAGGUAUUUAACCUAGGGGCAUUUAGUGUAUUAUUCUUAAAUAAAUAAGUUCUUAAGAAAAUUGAAUUCAAAAAACUUUUAUAAAAAAUAAUAAGAAUUUACUAAAGUAAAUUUUUCCCAAAUAUUCAAAUCGAAAUCUAAGCUAAAGAAGCAUAAAUUUAUAUUUGUUCUUAUUUACAUUAAUUAAGAAUCUUCUUAAUUUAAAUAUUUGAAAUAAUUUCAGAAAUCACUUUAAAGGAUUCAGAAAAAGUAGUUGUUCACAUAAACCAACAUCUCAAUAAUAUUGAGGUGAAGUUAGAGGGAUUAAAUCAAUAGCUUUUUAAAUAAUAAUACAUUUAAAAUUAUUUUAUAAGGAAAAUUUAAAGUUUAUUAUUGGAAAGUAGUUAAUUUAAUGGAAAUGACUCAACUUUUUUACUAAUUAAUUAUCCAUUGGGGACAUUCUAUUAAAAAUUAAGUGAAACUAAUUAUUGA